GCGCUCCUAUCAUUUACAUAGUCCUUAAACUACUUCAUUCAUUUAUUUCCAUCACGAACCCGCUUCAUGGGGGUAUUCCUCAGGUAUCCAGUAUGAUACAAAUAUCGAGCAGCCCGUCGCCGAUACCCUCUGAGAUAUUUGCGCUCGUUGCGCUCAUUGUUCUCUCCCUUACCGUUCUCCUGAUUCUGCGACGUUACCUUCCACUGCGAACGACGCCAGCCUACCUGCUGGUACCCGUCUUCUUUGCGUUAUGGCUACCUGCGACUAUUGUACUACUUGUCCCGAUUGAUCUCGCAUCUAAUGCUAGUACCGACGAUGAGACAACGAGAGGGAUUUGGCUUCCUCCUAGGGCGCUACUUGUGUCGUGGAGGAUUUCGUAUUGGCUAACCUUCGUCCUAACCUGGUUCAUACUCCCGAUCCUUGCCGAAUAUUCCGACGCCGGUUAUCGCGAGCCCAAGGACCGAAUCCUCUAUUCUUUACGUUCGAACGCCCAGUAUUAUGUGCUUGUAUUCGGCUCCGGUGUGCUUGGGCUGAUAUAUUUCUUCAUAUCUUACGGGCCUUCAUUCAUGUCCCUGAAGGGUUUGAUUCUCGCACUUGCCUACUGCUGGGGGUUGGUUUUAGCUAUUUACCUCAUGGGUCACGGUCUUGUUGCUAUUCCCCGAAAUCUGUUUAGGAACUCGAGCGCUAGCCGCCGACUACGUCAACUCCAGAGCCAUGCUCCUAAGUUAUAUGAAAAGAUGGAAGAUGCCGCUCUAAACCUAGAAGAUUUAGAAGUUCAAGUAUCGGAAUUAAGCAAGCGCAAGACUGGAAGUGCCAGGGAUUUCCAAGACUGGAUUGAGGAACUAUCGGAUAUUUGCAAUAUUCCGGAAUCCCGACCAAGAAAUGUUCUACCUAGGAUAGACAACGACAGUCGCAUAAUCCCCACGGUUAUCACCGAGAAGUAUUUGGCAGACCUCACUCGCCAAUUAACUCGUGCAAGACAUACCAAGUCACGGUAUAUAGACGAAUGGGACCGCUUACUACACGAUGCUUCAAGGACGCAAGCAAUCCUGGAUUCCGCAGCCUCGAAGAAGCUUAACUUUGGCGCGAGCUCUCCAGGUUCCUCGUUCUGGGAGAAGACCACUGUCCUCACCCCCUAUACACGGUACCUUCUUUACUGCCGCAUCGUUCCCUAUCUCUAUGUGUUUCUUGGUGCCUUCCUUGCAUUGGCUUCAGCAUGCAUCAUAUGGUCUGAGUUGGUAAAGGCAGCUCUACCCCAAUUAUCAGUCAUCCGAUUCACCGUGGUCCAUCACUGGACUGGCGAGAGUGGUCGCGUUGGUUUCGCGGGCCAAGUCAUCGCUGCACUUUGGAUAAUGUACAUGUGCACAGCAGCUCUUCACUCCGUAACCGAAGUUAGAGUAUGGCGUGGUCGCGCCUUGGUUCGGCGUAACACCGCUCACGAAUCAGCAUUUUGGUACGCGGGUCAAGUUGCAAGAUUGACCGUCCCGCUAUCUUACAAUUUCGUCACAUUCUUGUCUCCACAGAUAUACUCGGAGACGACCUUUUAUGAUAUUCUUGGAAAAUAUGUCGACCUUACUCCGCUUGGGAAAUGGUUCGACUACUUGUUCCCUGUUUUUGUUCUCAUCCCCGUGUGCGCAACGCUAUUUGGAUUAUACGGCAGAGUGAAGCGAUUCUUUGGAUUUGGCGAUAUUGUGGACGAUGAUGAAGAGAACCAGCCCAGUUACGGUACUGGCUCGUGGCGAGAGGGGAGAGAUUUGAUUGAACGCGAGUUGAAUGGGACUUCGAUUUCUCGAAGAUUAGAUGAAGCCGCAUCUAGGUCUACGAACGGUCAUGGCCGUGCCGCUCCUAUUUUGACGAUGCCCCCGGCUAGAAACGAGGGGUCAAGAACACCUUUCGCUACGUCGCCUUCAUACCGAGACGAGCCAGUGGCGAGAACAGGGCAGUCCUCUCGACCAGACGCUCCUGACUCGGGGUCCGAGGAAGACAACUUCUUCACUAGCAUCAGUCACCGAUUCAAGAACACAUUCGAUACAUUGGAUACCCCGAAAUGGAUCCAGGAUAUCGGAGAGGGUAUCAAGAAGCCCAAAUGGAUAGGCGGCAACGAAGAUGGCGAAAGUAGUAACAGAGCAGGUCGGAGUGAUUCAGACAUAAGGCGGUGGUUUGGCGGUGAUGGUAGGAUAAGAUUAUGAGGGUAUGCACUCUAUCAGUACUUAAUUAGUAAAACCAACUUCGAUUCGGAUGAUUGUUAUCUAGACCUUUUUACGUGAAUACCACAGGUGGUCAACAACGCUCAAACUUAGAAGGACGACAUGUCAUAAUGUGUUUACUCCAUC